UCCAGCGCGGUGGGGCCCAACUGUUUCCGCUCUGAUUUCUCAAGCGUCCGGUGAAGCAGCAAGCGGCGGAGCGUCCCCGCGGCAAGGGAUGGCGGUGUGGGCGGAGCAGCUGCAGCGCGAGCUCGCCGGCCGCGGCCUCGCCGUCGCCUCCGUUCCAGGGAAGGGCCGCGGCCUCGUCGCCGCCCGCAGCUUCUUCCCAGGGGAGGUCAUUAUUUGCCAAGAACCCUAUGCUUCUACGCCCAACAGGAUUUCGGUUGGAUCGAGCUGCGACCACUGCUUCGCCUCCGGCAACCUGCGGAAGUGCUCGGUUUGUCGAGUAGCUUGGUACUGCGGGAGCGUGUGCCAGAAAGAAGAAUGGAAGCUGCAUCAACUCGAGUGUCAAGCCAUCUCAGCUCUCACAGAGGAAAGGAAGAAGAUGCUUACUCCUACAAUCCGUUUGAUGGUGAAGCUCAUACUAAGAAGAAAACUGCAAAGCGAGAAGGCCAUUCCAUCUUCAGCAACAGAUAACUACGAUCUAGUGGAUGCGUUGGAGUCCCACAUCUCGAAGGUUGAUGAUAAUCAAUUGGUCCUCUAUGCUCAGAUGGCUAAUCUUGUGCAGCUGAUUCUCCCUUCAAUUGAACUUGAUCUUAAGGAAAUUGCACACACUUUUUCUAAGUUUGCCUGCAAUGCUCAUACCAUAUGUGACCCUGAACUGAGGCCCCUUGGGACUGGACUGUUUCCUGCUAUAUCAAUUAUUAACCACAGUUGUGUACCAAAUGCAGUUUUGUUAUUUGAGGGUCGGACUGCAUAUGUACGCGCGUUGCAACCCUUGAGUAGCAAUACUGAGGUAUCAAUAAGUUACAUCGAAACUGCAGCAACCACUUUGAAGAGACACAAUGAUCUCAAGCAGUACUUCUUCACCUGCACAUGUCCCCGAUGUAUUAAGGAUUCUGAGGAAGAUGCUCUCCUGGAGGGAUACAGAUGCAAGGACCAAAAGUGUGAUGGCUUUCUGCUGCCUGACUCGGGAAAGAAGGCUUAUACAUGCCAGAAAUGUAGCAUUUCUAGAGAUGAAGAAGAGGUAAAGAAGGUGUCGAGUGAAAUAUUACUGUUGUCUGACAAAGCUUCUUCGUUUCUUUCAUCUGGAAAUAAUAGUGAAGCAGGUUCAGUGUACAAGACCAUUGAGCAGUUAGAACAGAAGCAUUACCAUUCUUUCUCGACCACUUUGCUUCACACACGUGAAACACUCCUGAAGAUAUAUAUGGAGUUGCAAGAUUGGCAGACUGCAUUGAUGUAUUGCAGAUUGACUAUUCCAGUUUAUGAAAGAGUUUACCCACCUUUUCAUCCAAUGGUUGGACUGCAAUUCUAUACUUGUGGAAAGCUCGAAUGGUUGCUUGAGUACACGGAGGACGCUCUGAAAUCGUUAACCAGGGCAGCAGAUGUACUUCGGAUAACACACGGCACACAAUCCCAGUUCAUGAAAGAGCUAUUUGGUAAGCUGGAGGAAGCGAGGGCUGAAGUUUCAUUUAGGCUAUCGUCUGGAGACGAGCAAAUUUCAUGAAAAGACGCAACUCACCGUGAUGACAAAUAGGGAUCGUCGAUCUCAGGACAGCGGUAUAGGGUACCAAGGAUGGCUCAUUAGCACCCUGCAGACGAUGCCUGAAGAUAAUACAGAGGAUGCUGUGGUCACGAUGAGAUUGAAGUCUGAGGUUUUGUCGAGGGAGGGCGAUGGGGACAAGGGUGGUUAAACGGAUCGCAUAAACACGCUCUACAAACAACAUGCCUUUGUCAGAUGUAACAUGGAUAAGGUGUUUGAGUUUAAUGAUGAUGUAGCAUUAUUAGUCCCAUGGUUUCUUCUUUGGGCAUUUCUCCUAUCCAGAAGCUUGACUUUUUGUCUGUAACUGAAUCCGUCACAUAGAGAUUGCCUCAUCAAUCAUCUUGCUAAAACAAGGUAGUAUGGGGGGAAAGACUCUUGGAGUUGCAAUCCAAAUGCAUUUACUGAA